AUGAGACCACAGUGUCAAAAUCAUAAUCAAACAUGUCGUGUCAAAGUGGACUUUUGCUGGAAAAUGUUCAACGAAACGAAAACCACAAAAGUGGUCAUGGAUCUUCUCUGCCACUGUCGUGUUUAUGAGCAAUUGAGGCAAAAGUUCCUGGAGUUGGUCCAACACACCAACUAUCCGAUUUAUGACAUCGAGUUUUCUUGCGCGGACCGUGAUGGAUCGACCAUUGUCGUUAAUGGCUACCAAGUCUACAAUCAUAUGGGACAAGAAUACAAUCUUCAAUCGACUCUUCGUUUAAAUGUUGACAUUAUUGAGGUAUCCACAGGAGAGAAGUUGGCCGAGUUGGAUCGUCUGGUCCAUGAGUGUCAUAACAAAAUCAAAGCUGACAAAGGAUGGAGAGUUUUGAAAGAUACUGAGGUAACUGUUCAAACCACCGCUCAAAUAACUUUAACAUUUCAGAUUGCUGAGGAGCAACUAUCCCUUCGCGAACUCUUUGAGGCACAACAGAAGGAAAUCAACUCUCUUCGAGCUGAUAUGACAAAAUUGAAGCUUGAAAACGAACGUCGUCAUGGUGAGAAACUCGAAAUCCAUAGAGGAGCUGCAUACGAUGGAAAUCAAGAUCGCUUCAUUGUGAAUCAUGCUAAAGAGAAGCAGCCUGAUAAUUCUAGUGAAGUUCACUUUCGAGUCUUUUGCGAUGAAUGCCAAAAUAAGGUCAUCGGACACCGUUUCAAGUGCACUGUCUGCGCUGAUUACGAUUUGUGCCAGGGCUGUGAAGCCAAAGGAAUUCAUGCUGAUCAUAUUAUGAUUCGAAUGAUCAAACAGCGAUACACAGUGAAAGGAGUCGAUACUGUACCGCUCCGUUUGCUCCCGAUAAUGGAGAAAAAGCUAACGAUUGACAGAGGAACAGGACCAAGCAGCUUGAAUCAGUCAGGUGCUAAAACUGUACCUAGCACACUACGCUCAAAUUUGUUGGCUUCAAUGGCAUCACGUCUUGAUUCGGCCACAGCGCUCAUGCAGAAAAAAUCCCCUGAUUCGAAGAUGGACUAUACAACACUUAUGGAGAAAUUUAGCUCCAACGACUCGCCCAACAGAAACAAAAGGGCAUACACAAACAUUUGGCCACAAGAUACUCAUGUACGGCCAUACUCCAACGUUUGGUCACAAGAUACUCAUGUACCAGAGAUAACCAUCAAUCCACCAAAAGGACAAGCCACUCCAUUUGAGGGAAAAGACUACGAGAUGAAGUUGGUAUCAUCUGAAGAGAAGUCGAAGAAAACAGACCAAAACAUGGAGGAUGGUACUCCUAUUUGGCAGCUAUAUCAACAAUAUUUUCGCCAAUGGAAUCCACAACCGUCCAUGCCUGAUGGGCUGAGAACCGAUGAUAUUGAGUACUGGAGACGUUAUUUCUCACUUAUGAAAAAUGAAGAACUGGACAUUGACUCUGAAGACUCUGACGACGAUUCGGACUGUUCCGAUUCUUCGGAAUCCUCAGACUCAUCCGACUGCUCUGGAGAAUCUGUGGCAUCUUUCGAUGAACUGAAAGAACUCGAAACAUCAGAAGAAGAAUCUGGAAGUGAAGGAUCGGAAAGUGAUGAAUCUGGAAGUGGUUCAGAUGAUUUCGAUGUGGUCAAUGAUGAAGACGUCAAUGAGGGUGAGAUGCACACUGCUGUGGCGCCAACUCCAGAAGCAACUGAUUAG